GUGAUUGGGGCCCAUGUUUGGGGGUCUUAGGGAUCUAGUCAGGGGAUUCUCCAGGGGAUGAAUAAUAGGACAAAAGUCAGUUUUGUGGUUGAGGGUGUUGUGCUGGUCUCAUGACAUCAGUGUCCUUAGCCCAGGAACAAGACAGGUAUUAUUGAGGGAUGGAGAGAUUGUAGGCAGGAAGGUCCUCCAGAUUCCUAAUGAUGGAUGGAAACAGGCUGAUAGGGUUGGGGAAGACUUCAACAUUUUAUCCAAAAUGAACUCUUAAGUAUAAAAGAAAGAUCAAUCUGACAUAGCCACAAGAUGGAUGUGUUUGUUUUCUGUUUCUCUAAGGAAACUUCCAAGACGGUCAAGGGUCCAUGUCUGAUGAUGACCUUAUUACUUGCAGAGUCCCCAAGCAGUUCAGGGAAUCCCACAGCAAGAGACAGGGCACAUCUCCAUGUUCUCUGAUUUCUUUCUUAUGUAGUCACUAGUAAUUGAUCAUAGGUUCUCUACCCUGAUAACCUUAUCUAAUUCUGAUCACUUCCCAAAGGUCCCACCUCUAAACACCAUAGUCAGGUUAAGUUUCCAUCUUCUUUAAAAUAUGGGUCUCACUGUGUUACCCAGGCUGGCCCCAAAUUCCUGGGCUCAACUGAUCCUUCUGCCCCAGCCACAGGAGAAGCUGGGACUACAGGCAUGCACCACUCUACCCAGAUCCACCCUCUUAAUCCACCCUCCUGAUGGGAUUAAAUUUCCACAUAUCCCUGAGGGACGUACUUAAACCAUAUUCAAUUCAUAGCAAUAGAUAAUAUGAUUAACUAACCAAUAAAUAUAUUUACCAAUGAAUGACUUUAUGACAUUCUCUUUAUAAAGAUGAGCUUGAAUUUUGAUGAAACCAUGUCACUCAAGUUCUGUUUUCUAAGAGAUUUGAGAGUACUUUUGGAGAAAAAUGCCUUUUUCCUAAUUCCUUGAAGGGAAAGAAUGAAGAAACUGAUAUUUAUUCAGAAUUUAAAAUGCGAGUACAUAAUAGGCGUGUGUGCUUGUGUAUGCUGUUUCAUUGAAGUGGGAAGCUUGGGUUAUUUUUGUCAUUCCCAGCACUUUGGAUAAUUUUGUUAUCUGAUGGCACACAGGACAUUUUGUCUGCAUCAACAAUAUUCUCUAAAAACAUGUAAGCACUCAACUUCAAAAAUACUCAUUUCCUUAUUUUUCCACACGUUGCAAACUCAAGCCCCAGUUUACUUGCUUGCUGUGCUGCUUCUUUCCUGCCAGUUUCAAACUGAAAAUGCAUUUAAAAAUUUUUCAUAGUACAUGGAUUUGUUAUUUCAGGUGUCCUUGGCAUUCAGUGAUGUGGCCAUAGACCUUUCUCAGCAGGAGUGGGAAUGCCUAGCCCCUGCUCAGAGGGACUUGUAUAGGGAUGUGAUGCUGGAGAACUACAGCAACCUCAUCUCACUGGGGUGUAUUAUUCCGAAGCCAGAUGUGAUUGUUUUAUUGGAGCAAGAGAAAGAACCCUGGAUGGAAAUGAGGGAAGGAACAAGGCAGUGGUACUCAGAUUUGGAGUACAAAUAUGCCACCAAGAAGUUAUUUCCAGAAAAGGAUGUUUGUGAAAUGUAUUUAUCUCAAUUGCAGACAAUGGAAAAAAGUAAAACCUAUAUCCCUGGGGAUACCAUUUUCAGAAAUGGUUUGCAGAACAAACAUGAAUUUGAGAGAAAAGAAGAACAUCAGAUGGGAUGCAUUAGUCAAAUAAUAAUCCAAAACCAAAUAUCUCUUCCUCUACAUCAGAACCUUCAUCCUAGAGAGAAAUCAUAUGAAUGUAAAGAAUGUAGGAAGGCCUUUAGACAGCAGUCUUACCUUAUUCAACACCUGAGAAUUCACACUGGUGAGAGACCUUAUAAAUGUAUGGAAUGUGGAAAGGCCUUUUGUCGAGUGGGAGACCUUAGGGUACACCAGACGAUCCAUGCUGGAGAGAGACCCUUUGAAUGUAAAGAAUGUGGGAAGGCCUUUAGACUUCACUAUCACCUUACUGAACAUCAGAGAAUACAUUCUGGUGUGAGACCCUAUGAGUGUAAGGAAUGUGGGAAGGCCUUUAGUCGUGUUAGGGACCUCAGAGUACAUCGGACAAUUCACGCUGGGGAGAAACCCUAUGAAUGUAAAGAAUGUGGGAAGGCCUUUAGACUUAAUUAUCAACUUACUGAACAUCAAAGAAUUCAUACUGGUGAGAGGCCUUAUGAAUGUAAGGUUUGUGGAAAGACCUUUAGGGUACAACGACACAUCAGUCAACAUCAGAAAAUCCAUACUGGUGUAAAACCCUAUAAGUGUAAUGAAUGUGGGAAGGCCUUCAGUCAUAGUUCAUACCUUGUCCAACAUCAGAAAAUUCAUACUGCUGAAAAACCCUAUAAAUGUAAGGACUGUGGCAAGUCCUUUAGUUUUCAUGCAGAACGUACUCGACAUCAUAGAAUUCAUACUGGUGAGAAGCCCUACGAAUGUAAAGACUGUGGGAAAGCCUUUCGUCUCCAAACAGAACUUACUCGGCAUCACAGAACUCACACUGGUGAGAAGCCCUAUGAGUGUAAAGAAUGUGGGAAGGCUUUUAUUUGUGGCUACCAACUUACUUUACAUCUGAGAACUCACACUGGCGAGAUUCCCUAUGAAUGUAAGGAAUGUGGGAAGACCUUCAGUAGUCGCUAUCAUCUUACUCAACACUACAGAAUUCAUACUGGUGAGAAACCCUUCAGGUGUAACGACUGUGGGAAAGCUUUCCGUCUUCAGGCAGAGCUUACCCGGCAUUUCAGAAUCCAUACUUGUGAGAAACCCUAUGCAUGUAAGGAAUGUGGGAAGGCUUUUAUUCGUAGCAGUCAACUUAUUUCACACCAGCGAAUUCACACUAAUGACAAUACCUACGAAUGUCAAGAAUGUGGGAAGAUCUGUAGUCGUCGUUAUAAUCUUACUCAACAUUAUAAAAUCCACACUGGUGAAAAGCCCUAUGAAUGUAAAGAAUGCGGAAAGUCCUUUCGGUUUCAGACAGAACUUACUCAACAUCACAGAAUUCAUACUGGCGAAAAACCUUACAAAUGCAAAGAAUGUGGGAAAGCCUUUGUUCGUAGCAAUCAUCUUACUCAGCAUCACAGAAUCCACACUGGCGAGAAACCCUACGAAUGUAAGGAGUGUGGGAAGACCUUUAGUCGUCACUAUCGUCUGACUCAACAUCACAGAAUCCACACUGGCGAGAAGCCCUACAUCUGUAAUGAAUGUGGGAAUGCUUUUAUUUGUAGUUACCAGCUUACCUUACAUCAAAGGAGUCACACUGGCGAGAUUCCGUAUGAAUGCAAGGAGUGUGGGAAGACCUUUAGUCGUCGGUAUCAUCUCACUCAACAUUUCAGACUUCAUACUGGUGAGAAACCUUAUGGGUGUAAGGAGUGUGGAAAUGCCUUUCGCCUUCAAGCAGAACUUACCCGACAUUACACAAUUCAUACUGGAGAGAAACCCUAUAAAUGUAAAGAUUGCGGGAAGGCCUUUAGUGUUAACUCAGAACUUACUCGACAUCACAGAAUUCAUACUGGUGAAAAGCCUUAUAAGUGUAAAGAGUGUGGGAAGGCCUUUAUUCGUAGUGACCAACUUACUUUACAUCAGAGAAAUCAUACUAGUGAGGAAACACUGUGCGUGAUGUAGAGGAUAUGAGGGCCUCUUGGAAAUGCCUCUUACACCAAGAACUCAUAAUAUGUUUUUGUUUUUACAUGUUCGGGAACAUGUAGGAAUCAGUUUUGCUUCAUACUCAUAACAAAUGGUUUCACAUGUUGGUUUCAAAAGUUUCAGAACUGUAGCAUCACUUCGGUUGUGGUUCAAUUUCAGCAGAUUGAUUUUGGUGCAGUACAUCUCAAGCCAUCAAGAACUGUUCCCCUCACGAACCGAUGUUGAGCAGUACUUCUGUAAAAUGCAAGAACGUUGGGUUCUCGAGGGGGGAAAUAAAUGGAAAGAAACACUUUAAAAGCUCCAUUUUUCUUAUUUAAUGCCAUAAAUCAUCUGUCGAAUUACUAUAAAAGUUUUAAAAUACUUGCUUCCAGUGUCUGUACCUUAGCUCAUUGCAGACCAGAAGCAAACGAUGUGUGGACCGGUCAGUACAGAGUCCACACUUCUUUCAGAACCACAGAAGAAGAUGAUCCUGCCAGUGAAACAAGUGUGGGAAGGCUCUAACCACAGUGCGCCACUGAUCUCAUUCCCGAUUCCGCUUCUGCCUGUGUGGCAUUUGGCAAGACACUUCCCCUCUGUGCCUGUUUUCAAAUGGCAGUAAUAAUAUCUACCUUAACAGCAUUUUUGUGAGUAUGAAAUAUUAAUAAAAAUUGAAACUUUUAGAAGAGUACUUGACAUACAGCAUGUGCUUAAAAAAGUUUUUUUUUCUUUCUUUUUUUUUAGGUUACAGAUGGACACAAUACCUUUUUUUAUUUUUUUUUUAUGUGGUGCUGAGGAUCGAACCCAGUGCCUCACACAUGCUAGGCAAGUGCUGUACCACUAAACCACAACCCCAGGCUCCACGGUAGUUGUUUUUAAUCACUAAUCAUACUGUUCAGUAAAUUCACACGAGAGAAAUACUAUUUGGGUGAACUUAAGAAGCCUCCAUUACCUUUCACUCUCUAAAUGUGAAUAACCCAGAUAAAAUCCAAUAAAUCAGAGCUCAUCUCUAAAAAUAUAAGAAAGAAAUCUCUAGAUUUCAUGAGCAUAAAGAUUAUAAGAAUAAAGCUUUUAAAGAAUCAGGAAACCUAUAAUGCC